AUGAUUGAAUCUAAUGGAAGUGUCUUCUUUACCAAUGGCUUCUCGAAAAGUUUCAGCCUUGAGAAGAACAUAAAUAAUCCUCAAACACUGAACAACUUAAAAAAAACAACCAGGAGGAGGAACGCUACUUAUUCUAGCUCUCGCUAUGAGAAUGGCUAUGGCGUUGUUGGCUCCUUGGCAAUGGGUCAAACCAACACCAGUCGGAGCGAGCCUGCCCUGGCCUGGCACUAUGCGGUGCCAAAACUUUCUGUUCCUCCACAGAGAGGGCCCUCCAACAAGAGCAUCUACACAAAGCACAGAAGCAGCAGCAACAGUCAGUCUGUUAAGAGGAUCACCUCACAGUUGCGUCAGAAGAAUGUUCCAAAUGGUUUAGAUCAGAUCCAAACACAGUAUCCUACACUUGUUCCAAAAAGUCCAGGGCAGCUAAGAACACGCCAGUCUAUGAUUGCUUCCAAUGGUUCAAGUCAGAUCCAAACGCAGUAUCCGACCAACGUUCCAAAUGGUUCAGGACCAAUGAAAACACGUCAUUCUAUGAUUCUUUCAAAUAGUUCAGGUCAGAUCCAAUGAUUCUUUCAAAUAGUUCAGGUCAGAUCCAAACACAGUAUCCCACAGUUGUUCCAAAUAGUCCAGGGCAGAUGAUAAAAAUGCAUCGUUCUACGAUUGUUCCGAAAAGUUCAGGUCAGACCCAGACACAGCAUGUCAAGAGCAGUCAAACCGGUAUUACGAAGACACAGCCAACUAUUGUCACCGAUGGGUCAACCAAGACCAAAGAAAACUCUGGGGCAAAGGAAACCAUCUCGGCUGCUGGUAUCACGUUGAAGGAGGCUGUGGAGUUUCUUUCCAAGGAUGAUGAGAAUUACCAGCACUGUGGAGCCUCCUACAUUCAGCACAACACUUUCAUUAGUGACACGGCAAAAGAGGAGGUCCUGAGGCUAAAGGGCAUCCCUCCGCUGGUGAAUCUGCUGCGCAGCUCCAGUUCUCAAGUCAAAUACACAGCCUCGGCCACCCUCCGUAACUUGUCCUAUAAGAGUGAUCGUAACAAAGAGGAGAUCCAUCGCUGCAACGGCAUCCUGGUGGCUGCUGAUCAACUCAGAGACUCAGACUCUGUGGAGCUCGACAAACAACUGACAGGUCUUUUGUGGAAUUUAUCCUCUGCAGACAACCUGAAACCGGAUCUGUUGAAAAAUGCUUUGUUUGCUCUAACGGAGCGUGUGAGGCUGCCUUCCACGAACAAGACCGCCACAACUGAGAGAGACCCUGAAGUCUUCUUUCACGCCACGGGAUGUCUAAGAAACCUCAGCAGUGCGAAGCAAGAGAGCAGACAGAUGAUGAGGAAGCAUCAGGGUUUGGUCGACUCUUUAGUGGGUUACAUUAAAGAAUGCGUGGAUACGAGAAAAGAUGAUGAGUCUUUAGUUAACUGUGUGUGCACCCUGCACAACCUGACAUACAAGCUGGAGUCUGAGGCUCCGGUUCUGUUCAGCAAGAUCAAUGCUUUGGCUUCUAAUAAACCCAGGAGCCGGAGUCAGAACAACGUCAGCACUGUUGGUUGCUUCAGCUCGAACAAAUCUCCAGAGUAUGAGUACACCUUUGAUUACCCGGUCUCAGAGGAUCGGAAACCCAGCGGUGCCAGCUCGUUGUUCCAUUCCACAACGCUGCAGAGCUACCUGUCUUUGAUCGACUCGUGUCAGCGCGAAGAGACGCAGGAAACCUGCUGCAAAAUCAUGCAGAAUCUCACUGCAAACGAGAGCGUUGUCUCGAGUGUAAUGAGUCAGAUGAUUGUGCAGAAACUGAAUGGCAUGCAGAUUAUCAGCCCGCUUCUGACCUCAGACAAAAUCAACUUGCAGAAGAGCGCCAUGGCUCUGGUGGCAAACUUGAUGAAGAACCCAAAUCUGCACACUGCCAUCGGUAACAGAGCCCUCCCAGAGCUGGUGGAUGUUCUUAAGAAGGGCACAGAUGGAGCGAAUGAGUCCGACGACACACUGGCCAUGGCCUGCCAGUCAGCCAGCACUCUGCUUCUGAAUGAACCAGAGUUCAACAAGAAAUGCAUAAACCUAAACUUGAUAGAAUCCCUCAAAGACAUCAGCAAAAACAAAUAUUUCCCGAAAUCCAGCAAAGCUGCAUCCAUUCUUCUCUUGAAAAUGUGGUCGGAUAAAGAUUUGCAGAGCCAUCUGAGAAAGGAAGGGAUGACCAAGAAUAUCUUUGUGAAUGACAUCACCAUGGCAGCGUACAAGUCGGCCCAAGCUAUUUAAUAACACGACAACCCAACAGACCUUUGGGAGUUAUUUUUCUGAAGUAAGACGCCUGCACAUCUACGGUACACUGACUCUUCGAGACACAGCUUCGUCUUCUCUGUUUGCCAAGACUUUUGCACAUAUUUAUCCAGAAACUCUCCAAACUGCAUUGCCUUGUACAUAUACUGUAAGGUUUGUUUUUAAAGUAGAAAUAAAGGUGAAGGUUUAGGUCUAACAUGGCAGCGAUUAAAGCCAAAAUUGUAAAUAUGCUUUAAAAGUUAUAAUACUAAUAAAAG